AAAAGCUCAGUCGCUUCAGUAACGUUUCAGUAGCGGACAGUAAAGGUUACCUGCUUCAACAGUGCUUGAACGGCAACCUUAACUGUCUCUGUUUUGUCACUAAGACCGAAAGAAUAAGAUUUGAUUUAGAAAGAAAGAAACAGCCUUCAGUGGUCGUGUUUAAACUUGAUCUAAAUCGCUUUCUCUCGCAAGCUAACCUGUUCGGGUUGUUAACUGCGCACGUCUUUUGAACCAAUUCGACCUUUUCGCAAACAAAGGCCGCUCUGAAUCUAGAACAAUGAGUUCCCAGGUGAGACAAAACUUCCAUCAGGACUGCGAGGCGGCAAUCAACAGGCAGAUCAACCUGGAACUGUAUGCUUCCUAUGUUUAUCUGUCCAUGGGUUACUACUUUGACCGGGAUGACCAGGCUUUGCACAACUUUGCCAAGUUCUUCAGGGACCAAUCGCACGAAGAGCGCGAGCAUGCAGAGAAGCUCAUGAAACUUCAGAACCAGCGGGGUGGGAGGAUCUUCCUUCAAGAUGUCAGGAAGCCUGAACGGGAUGAGUGGGGCAGUGGUGUUGAGGCCCUUGAAUCUGCCCUGCAGCUUGAAAAAAGUGUGAACCAAUCCCUUCUGGACUUGCAUAAACUGUGCUCCGAUCACAAUGACCCACAUUUGUGUGAUUUCAUCGAAACCCACUACCUGGAUGAACAGGUGAAGUCCAUCAAAGAGCUGGCAGACUGGGUGUCCAACCUGCGUCGCAUGGGCGCCCCGCAGAAUGGCAUGGCAGAGUACCUGUUUGACAAACAUACUUUGGGCAAGGAAAGCGGUUAAAUCCCUCCAAAUUGCUUUCUUUGUAUCUUGCUUUGUGUUUGAAAAUGUGAAUUCAUCUUCGUGCUACAAGCCAGUAUGUUAACUUAUCCUCUCGCAUUCGACCUGCUGAAGCGAACUUGUACUCUCAGAACAAUGCACCGUGACGGUGCUUGUUGUAAUCUGCAUCCCGCUUUGCUAUUGUGGUAUUAACACUACACGCUGUCAACCAGACCAAAUAAACCACCUGAAAGAUGA